GACAACGAAAGAAAUCAAAAAGCAUAACGUUUUCAAUUGAAAGAAAUUCCAUAGCGACUCGUAUAGUACUCACACUAAAUACGAAAAAAAUCGACGGUCAAGGAACAUUUGUUAUACGUAAAUAUGGACUCAAUCGAAAAUGACACUUGACGACAUUCUACGCCAAUGAAAUAGGCGUAUUAUUUCCAGAGAAUGACUAAUAUCAAAAGGAAUCAUCCUGGCAUAGCAGAAUAUGACAAUUCCACUCGUGUGUUUCACAUCUACUAUAGAUUAUUUUUCACAAGCACUAAAGCAGCUUUCAUAACCAUAGUACUCUAUCCAUCAACUGCUUGGACUGUUGUACACCCAUACAUCACCAACUUUUCUUUUUGAUCCAAAUGAAGUUUGUGUCCAAAAUAGUAUGCACUUUACGGCACUGGACUCGAUAAAUUUGCAGUGUUUGCUCUAUUUUCUGUGUAGUUUGGUGCAAUUUUCUCUGUUAUGUUUGCUGCCUUAGGCUUGCAUUUCACUAUCUUAGGACCAUAUGUUAAGCCAUAGAUUAUAUGUGUUUCACGAGGGAAUUUCAUGUGAUCACAUGUGGCUUAUGCGUGAUUACAUGCGUUUUUCAUAUGGAUAUUUGUCUCUUAUGAGGUUCACGUCUGUGAGAGUGCAACUCACAUGUUUUCCACAUGGGCUCACAUCAGUGAAGUGAAGCAUUGAUCAAUCCAGAUAUACUUUAAAAACUACUGUUCACUAUUGCACGCGACACUUAAUAUAAAGUACUACUAGGGUAGUUAAAAAUGAAAAUACCCAUUGAUAGGAAGACCCUAAACACUGGGUUAUUUAAGAAUAUUUUUUAAUCGUGAGAAAAUGUCAAAUCUCAUUUUAACAAUAUCUGCGUUUUACCCUUUUGGGUGAAAAAAAAACAUGGAUGAGCCUAGAAAAAACGUGAAGGUCACACUUGCCAAAAAAUACGAAUGAACCUUGAACUUCACGUUUUGUGCGAAUUAAGCUCAUCCAUCCAUCCGCGAAUGUCAUCAUUCCGUAAUUGUUCAUACGCAAUGAUCUUCCGCCCGUCCGUUACCGCGUUUUCCCCUACCCACCUCGGUACGAUGUUUCGUCUGAAGUUGAUUUAUAUGCUGCAAAUGUGCGUCACGAUUUUUUCUGGCUUGAAGAGCUCAUUUGCUAUGAACAAAUUUAAGGGACCUAUUCCUAAAGACAAAGAUGUUUAUCGUAAUGUGAGUCAAUUGAUAAAAUCCAAAGGAUAUCCGUGCCAGGAACACUUUGUUUUAACGGCGGACAAUUUCAUCUUGAAUAUUCAACGUAUUCCUCAUGGAAUCAUACAACGUCAAGAUUACAAACGACAGCGAAGGCCAGUUGUGUUUUUGCAGCACGGUUUGUUGGCAGAUAGUGCCUGUUGGGUGUGGAAUUACUUUCCUCAGAGCAGCCUUGCUUACGUGUUAGCGGAUAAAGGAUUUGACGUUUGGCUUGGAAAUUCUCGUGGUAAUCGAUACGCGAGGAGGAAUCUAAACUUGUCCCCGAAUUGCUGUAAAUUUUGGCAGUGGUCUUUUGAUGAAAUGGCAAAAUAUGAUUUGCCGUCAACGAUCGAUUACAUUCUACAGAAAACAGGAGAGGAACAGUUGGUGUAUAUCGGUCAUUCCCAGGGCUCGGAAAUUGGAUUUGGUGCAUUUUCGACCGAUAAAAAUUUGGCAAAAAAGAUAAAAUUGUUUAUUGCUCUCGCUCCAAUUACCGUCAUUGGCCAUAUAAUGAUACGUCCUUUACGAUAUCUUGCUGAGAUCAUAACGUCUAUUGAGGAGGUAGCACCUCAAAUCGAUGGACCUUUUCUGCUAGGAGAUAUCUGGAGGACGCAAUACGUUUACAAAGGAUAUUGUAACGGACUGGAAGAGGCAAGAUUUUGUUAUAAAAUUGCGAACUUACUGUUUGGCAAUGACCCAACUAACGUUAACUACAGUCGCAUUCCAGUGUAUCUAAGUAACUUUCCUUCUGGAACCUCUAUAAGAAAUAUCAUUCAUUUUGCUCAAUUGAUUGAGUCGGGAAAAUUUCAAAUGUAUGAUUACGGAUUUUUUAAGAACUUCAUCAAAUAUGGACAGUGGAAACCACCACAGUACAACGUCACCAACAUUCCAGUGCCCAUCGCAAUUUUCUCGGGCGCUCACGAUGGACUAUCUGACCCAGUAGAUGUCAAACUGUUGCUACCGAAGCUAAAAAAACUCGUUUUCUUUGAUGUUCUCCAAGAAUUUAAUCAUGUUGAUUUUGUCGUGGGUUUAAACUCGCCAACAGUCUUGUUUCCAAAUAUUAUCGAACUUCUCAUCCAAUAUACUCAAGAAUAGACGAUGCUUAAACACACGCAAUGAGCAUUAUAUUGGUGCAGUCUAUAUCGUGAUUAGCUAAGAGCCCACAAAUAAUUGUCAAUAUCUCGCCAAUCACACGACUAUGAAAAUUAACAGGCGAUGACGAAA